AUGAUUGCGAUGAUUGCUACUAUCCUCUACCUUUGCAUGCGCAGCUUGGAGUCUGAUUCGCGGUUGGCAGUGCGGGCGUGCAACGAGGAAGGUUGGGCCGAGUGGUCCAGGGCAAGCUUGAUUUUCCUCCAGGAGGUCAUUGGCGAGGAAGAGGGCGACAAGGUCUGGGGCAGUUUGCUGACCUGGGGCGCCAGCGAGGAUGGGCGUUUGGGCAAAGGCUUAGAGGCCCUCGAUCGCCCAGCCUGCCCUGAGCUGAGCCCGGUGCCCGGAUUCGAGGACUGUCGCCUUUCAUGCGUGGCUGUGGGUGCCCACACUGCUGUGCUCACGAGCAGCGAUCGGCUCUUCCUUUGGGGUAGCUUUUUGCCCACGGAUGACACGGAGGAUGAGGUGGACAUGUUGCUGGAGCCGCAGGAGCAGGCCUUGGACUUUGUCCCGCACCGCGUGUCCUGCGGGCGCUUUUGCACGGCAGUGCUAUCGGCUGAAGGGAGCUGCUUCGUUUGGGGCCCCAAUGAGGCGUACCAGUGCGGCCUCCCGGAGGAUUCGUUGGUGAAAUCCCUCACCCGACUGAAGGUGCCGAAGGAAGAGCCGUUGGUCCAAGUGGAGUUCGGCGAAUUCCACGGCGUGGGCUUGACGGCGUCGGGCCACGUGCUGCGCUGGGGUCAGGAGCAAGGUCCUGACGUUCCCUUGGCGAGACAAGCCUUGGACGACCCCAAGACGCGUGGAUAUUUGCCGAAAAGUAUCAACCUCAACCAGCCGUCGCCGAUGCUGUUGGAAUGUCGGCACCCAGUGAAAUUCGUGGCAGCUGGAGGCUAUCACAGUGCGCUGGUGACGACGUGUGGGCAGCUCUACCUUUGGGGGAGCAAUAGCUAUGGCCAGCUGGGCCUGGGAUUGAAGAGGGAUGAGCUGGCCUUCGCGGGUCAGCCGCGGCCGGUGGACGUGGAAGGCGCGCUUUCCGUGGGCGACGUGUCUCACGCGAGUCCCGUGGUCGCUGGAGUCUCGCUGGGCGGAUUGCACAGCGCCUUCCUCGACGCCCAGGGCGCCGUCUACACCUUCGGCGACAACCGACGUGGCCAGUGUGGCCAGGGUGAAGUGACCCAACUCUCUGCGCCGGAGAGGCUUCAGGAGUUGCCCCGAGCUGAUGGUGUCUCCUGUGGAGGCUUCUUCUCCUUCUUCCAAGUGGCCGAUGACCUCUACGCCUGUGGCUGGGGAAAGGAGGGCUGCUUGGGCUUCGGGCAGCUUUGCAAGAAGCAGUUGCGGGUGCGCCGUGUGCCACCUCCGCAGAGAGGCCGCUGGCUGCAGUUGCGCGCUGGCCCCUCACAUGUCGCGGCGAUCGUGGCAGACCCAAAAUGA